CACCACACAAGUAAACAUCCAUGUUGCACAUGGCUCAACGCGACCCAGCUUCGGCCUCGCAAUUCGUGGACGAUGAAAAGUUACCCUAGCACCUGGAAUUGACCUAUCCCUGACUCUCUGACUCCCCGACUCGCUGACAAUUGAUAUCGCCCCCAGCAGUCCCUUUCCAUCAGAAAUCAGUUGGCCCGCAUCGAAAAGAGAACUGACCGUGUUAUAAUUCGCUCUAGAGAGAGUUCAGGGCAACGGGACUAUCGAAGGCGAGUCAAUCAUCGCGGAACGAGGCGCAUGUGCGGCAGCGAAAGGAGGCACCUGGAUCAUCCUGUCUCUGUUUACCGUCACAAGUUUCAGGGCUUCGAAGGUUUCCGUCACACGGCGGGCACGCUACACGACUGUUGAUAAAGCACAAUAACAAAGACAUGAUCGCAAUCUGCUGAGUCUCUCUCUGGCUACCGGAAUUUCAUUGCGGGGGACUGGAACGCUUGCGCUCAAACAAAGCCGUUCUUUGAUCUUUGAUCCGAGUGUGAGGGCUUAUCGCGCUGCCGUCUUUGAAGCACCCUCUGCGCACAUGGUAGCUUCUGAGCGAGAAUAACUGAGCGGCAGCUUGCUUAGUCGACCAGAUCCCAAACUCCUAAAUGGUCUCACAGCCGGAGCCCUCGCGUUCCCUCUCCGUCCGCGGCCCCUCAUCCGUCGUCUCGCGCUCAAGUCGACACCGCCGCCAGAACCGAUCACUAGCCGGCGGCUCCUCAUACGUCCCACAAAAUGAGUUCCCGGUCUUCGCGAACACGGGCGAUGUGGAAAUCCUCGUCAGCGCUGGCGGGAAGGAAAACAGAUAUCUCCUCCAUCGCUUGAUCCUCACGCAGUGCUCCGGCUUCUUUGAGGCCAGUACAAGCCAGGAAUGGUCGCGUGGGCAUACCGAGGCCAGCAAGGAGUUGGCUCGGAUCGGGGAGGACGGAGGCAAUAUAGAUAAUGCGAGCCGGACAUCGUCGUCGCCUCAGAAACAUCGCUGGCGCUAUGAGCUAGAUAAGGGGGCCGAUAAUAGCGACAUUCCCAUGCUCGUGCAGGCAACCCCUCCUGCGCCGUCUCUCUUCAACCCUAUGUCACCCCCGCCAGUCCGCAACAAGCCUCCGAGCUCAUCAACCUCAUUCUUCCGCUCAGUUGCCAAUCUCAGCAUUACCGCACCGGCACCACUAUCGCAAGAAGACACGGAUCUCCUCCGCGACUACGACAACCUCUUCCGCAUAUUCUACAACUACCCACCCUCCCUCGACCCCAUUAAUAUCGCCGACGCCUACAUCCAAUGCAAGUCCCUCCUCGCACUAGCAGACAUGUACGACGCCCUCAUCGUAGUCGGCCCGCGCAUCGACCACCACCUCCUCCAAUUCCAAUCCCGCCUCUUCAAGCAAAUCGCCAAGUACCCGCCCUCCUACCUCCGCCUCGGCUACAUGGCCCGCUCCAAAGUCAUCUUCGCCGAAGCCCUCAUCCACGUCGUCGGCCAAUGGCCCGUCGGCGAGCGGCACCUCCGCCAGGCACUCCCGCAACAAGUGGUCGAGCUCAUAGAAGAUAAAGUCGACGAGCUCGCCGAUGUCGUCGCGGGUGUCGAGGGACGCCUUUUCCGCCUCUCUCUCCUAACCAGCCGCGGUGACCGCGUCAGUCCGCAAACUAGCUACGUUGACUGGCUUGCCGUCUCGCUGUUCCGCGAGUGGCUAGCGGAAAACACAUCUUCCCCCCCUCCUGCCCCCGCCAAACCCGUCUCAGCCUCCCGCCCAAACACCAACCCCCACGAGCGCCUCGACGCGCCGCCAUUGAGCGCAAAUAGCGCCAGCAUGCCGCCUCCCUACAGCGACCACCCCGUGCCGUAUUUAGGGCGCGUAUACCGCCUCCUCGGAUCGAGCUCCCGGAGCGCGUAUCUAGGGCACGAGGAGUGCAAGCGCUUCCUCAAGCUGACGCCGGAGCUGUAUUCGAGGGAGACGUUGAGGAGAUUUGAGGGGAAGGUGGAGGAGGUGAAGGGGCUGGCGAGGGAGACGGUGGCGCCGCUUAUGAGGUGUACGUUGCAGGGCGGGGCGGAGGGGGUGAGUUAUUUGACGUGUACGAGGAUUGGGCAUAAUGAUUGGGCUUGGGAGAAUGAGUGAUGGGGGGGAGGCAGGAUAAUAGAACUGGACUGGACUGGAGGAGGGUUGACGGCUAACGUGGAGCUGGCGCGUUGUAAGUGUGAUGUUGAUGAGAUGAUUACGAUGAUGAGUUAUGUCUGAGCGAUGGAUGGAUUCAUAUUCAUAUACCCUUGUGCUAGGAAUGGGA